AUGCAACUAGAACGUUCAAGAGUCCUUUCCGAUAAGGAAACGCUCGAGAAGGUCUAUCAAAAUCUACUGGAAGAACACAGAACGUUACAGAGCAACUUUGAAGACCUAACUGCCGAGAAAACAGAGCUCGGCUUGCAACUAGCCCAAUCAAAGCGGGAAGUGGAGUCCAUGCAAGGAGGGAAUAUAGCCAGCAAGAGUGACGUGAUGAAGCGAGCUGAAAUCGACCGCCUACGAGCAGAUCUCCAGAAGAGUGAAGAUAAUUUACAUGUAUCUGAACAAGAAGUGGAAAAGCAGUCUAAUUUGGUAGCCGAGUUGAAUAGAAAGGUCGAAGAACUACAACUUCAGGCGGAUGAAGCAAUGAGGCUGAAGGAUCAAGUUGACGAAUAUCGCCAUGCUGCCGAGAAAUUGGCCAAGACUGAAAAUGUCAUGGAAAAAUACAAAAAGAAGCUUGAGGAGAGCGCAGAUCUUCGACGGAGGGUUAAGGCCUUGGAAGAACAAAAUGCAACUUUAGUGGACAAUAAUGCCCAACUGGAAACGGAAUUCCGCAAG